ACUACAACUCCCAUGAUGCAUCAGGAGCACAGCAGCCUCUCCUCUUCUCCUGUGCCAAUAGCAAGCAACAAGUGGGGAGCUGCCCAUGUACAUAAAGGCUUGAGCUGCUCAGCUGUCACAGAAAUCAGAGCUUUGCUGCUUCUUCUGCAUCAAGAGAUGGAUGCAAUUCUGAAGUGCACUGAAGAGUCUAUGGGGCCAGAUUAUUACACUCUGUUAGGAUGUGAUGAGCUGUCCACGGUUGAACAAAUUAUUGCUGAAUAUAAAGUCAGAGCUCUUGAACGCCAUCCAGACAAACACCCAGGAAACCAGAAAGCAGUUGAAGAGUUUCAAAAACUCCAGCAAGCCAAAGAAACCUUAACAAAUGAAGAAAGUCGCGCUCAUUACGAUUACUGGAGACGGAGCAAAAUCUUGAUCCCAUUUACGCAAUGGGAAGCUUUACAGGAUUCUCUAAAAAUGUCAAUGCAUUGGACCGUGAAGAACAAGAAGGAAGCGAUGCUGGAGGCUCCAUACAAGCCUUCAGGUGGAGCACAAGAUGACAUUAUAAAUGAUGCGGAAGAAAAGAAUAACCCACUCCGCAAUGAGGAUUACAUAUUGGAGGAACCUCAGGAAAAUAUUGAUUUACUGUCACCUAAAAGUCCUGAAGGAAGUCCAGACAUGACAUACUGUCUCCUGCGCUUCCGCUGGUCGGCCGAGGCUCCAUCUGACCUACUUCGAAAAUUCAGAAAUUAUGAAAUAUAAGAUCCUUCCUCUAAAGUAUUCCAGUGCUCUUUCCAUGACAUGCUUUUUCUUACUGUGUAUAGUGUAUAAUGUAAGCCUUAUUUUUCUAUUUACUCCAUACUACCUAGAAGUAUUUUAUUACAAGUCAUCUCUUUGUACACAAAUUACAUAUUAAAGCGGAGGGUUCACCCUAAAAAAAAAAAAAAAAAA